ACAGAAGAGGAAAGGGUGUUUACGAAAUAUGGGAAAUGCUACAUGUUUAACUCAAGAGAAGAGGGGCAUCCACUGUUGACCACGUUCAAGGGUGGGACAGGCAAUGGACUGGAGAUAAUGCUGGACAUUCAGCAAGAUGAAUACUUGCCAAUAUGGGGAGAAACAGAUGAAACAACAUUUGAAGCAGGAGUCAAAGUCCAGAUCCACAGUCAGUCGGAGCCGCCAUUUGUUCAAGAACUUGGCUUUGGUGUGGCACCUGGUUUCCAAACUUUUGUAGCCAUGCAAGAACAAAGGCUGACAUACCUUCCACCUCCAUGGGGUGAGUGCCACUCAUCAGAUUUUGGCCUGGAAUUUUUCCCCAUCUAUAGCAUCACUGCAUGCAGGAUCAGUUGUGAGACCCGCUACGUGGUAGAGAAUUGCAAUUGCAAAAUGGUUCACAUGCCAGGGGAUGCUCCAUUUUGUACACCGGAGCAGUAUAAGGAGUGUGCAGAGCCUGCACUAGUGCUUCUCGGUGAAAAGGGAAAUGAUUAUUGUGAGUGCCAAACCCCAUGCAAUUUGACCCGUUACAACAAGGAGCUGUCCAUGGUUAAGAUCCCCAGCAAGACCUCAGCUAAAUACCUUGAGAAGAAGUUUAACAAGUCAGAGAAAUAUAUCUCGGAGAAUAUACUUGUACUGGAUAUAUUCUUUGAAGCUCUUAACUAUGAGACCAUUGAGCAGAGGAAAGCCUAUGAAAUGGCAGCAUUACUUGGUGAUAUUGGGGGUCAGAUGGGUCUUUUUAUUGGUGCUAGUAUCCUCACUAUUCUGGAAAUAUUUGACUAUAUUUAUGAGCUGAUCAAAGAGAAAUUGUUUGAUCUUCUUGGCCCAGAGGAGGAAGAAGGAAGCCAUGAUGAGAAUGUGAAUGUGAUUCUCUCAGCCAUCAAAACCCUUUCUGAAUUUUUCCUUGGGGCUUUCAGGAUUCACCAUUUGAAAAUGAGCACGUGUGAGCCCUUGUCAAACCAUUCUGAUCCCACGAGCCACACUGUGACAGUCCCACUGCAGACAACACUUGGCACGUUGGAAGAAAUUGCGUGCUGACAAUGCUUCCUCAGCACUAUGGAUGGCAGAACCUACAAAAGCCAGGGAAUCCUACUCAGGCUCACUAACAGGGUGGGGGAACCAUUGAGGAAUUCGCUAUGCAUCCAAUUGUUCUCUUCCUCUCUUCUUGUCAAAAUCAGUGAAAGAUUUCAUGGACUCAGUUGCAUCAGCCUGUCCUACCAGGAUGAGUGGAUGAGGAUGUAGGAAAGGGCAAGGUUUAUCUCCACCAGCGGACAACACAUCUCAGUUUUUGAACUGGAGAAGUGUGAUGACCAAGGAAUUAUUCUUUCAUAGACAGCCUACAAGUUAUACAAAAGAAGCCUGCAUGCCAGUCCUUUUGAUGGCAGUCUCUCUUUUUCCUUACAAGCCAUGUCUCCAUCCAACAACUACUCCCUUUUUUCUUUUUUCUUUUGCCACAACAAAAGUGGAGGACAUGGUACAGACUUCCCUGCUCAAGAGUUUACCAUUAUUUAACAACAUCACUGCUGAAUUAAAAACAAGCAAUGGUCCAUUUCCAUUCUUUUUUGUUGUAUGCUAAAUGUGACAGGGUCUCAAAGUUCUGGUCAAAUCUUUGGGUGAGCCAGCUCUUUGAUGACCAAGGUGAGCAUGCUCAAAUAGAAUGGUUCACCUUAUCUACCAUUAUAGACCACUUCUUAAAUGCAGACACUCACAAAUGCACCAGCCCCAUUGACACUAGUUAGCCAUACAGCUACUGUCUUGUCUAGAUUGGUGUGUAAUGCAACAUGUGUGUGUCCCAGGAUUGAGGGAGGUGGGUUCCAGUUACCUUUCUGACUUGCCCUGGUUCCUCAUUCUUAACAGCACUAUUAAAGAUGAUCUUGUGGAAGGGGAAAAACUGUCA